CUUCAGCCUGUUCAGGUUGCUGAGGAGGAAGAACAGGAGAGGCCCUGGGGAGGUCCCAGCACAGUAAUCUGAGGAACCCCUGCAGCAGGAUCCAGGUCAGGAGUGGACAGAGGAGCAGGACCGCCCCUGUGGCCGCUUCCGCAGAGCAGUUCAGAGAUUGCUGAAAAUCAUGCACAUUCGGCGAAGAACACCCAGGACCACAGCACCUGAGCUCAUGGCAGAGCCUGACACCAGGUCAGCUGAGCUCAAGGAGAAGCCUGAUGGCAGUACCACGCCCAUUGAUCGCACGGCAACCUCUGACACCGCUGUGACGGAGGGCACGGCCAACCCCGACACCGCACUGGCCGAUCUCAUUGCAAAGGAUGACACUGAACCCAGUCAUUGCACAGCAGAGCCUGACACCGUUUUGGCUGAAGAUACAACCGGUUCUGACACCGCAGUCACUGAUGUCAUGGCCAAGGCUGACAAGGUGCCGAUGCCAAUUGAUGGCACAUCACACUCUGACGGGGCACUGAUGGACGACACAACAAAGCCUGACACCGCUUUGGUUGGUGACACAACCGGCUCCAACACUGAUCUCGUGGCACAGGCUGACGUCACACCGAUGCCGACUGAGGGCACAGCAAGCUCUGAUGAGGCACCGAUGGAUGACACAGCAAACCCUGAGACUGCCAUGACCGAUGACACAACCAACAUUGAAAUCACAAAAAGUGAUCUCAUGGCAGAGGGUGAUGCCACUACUGAGUGCAUCAGAAACACUGACACCACACCAGUUGAGAGUGCAACUGAUGCUCCCAAUCUGCACUCUUUGGAGGGGAAAGGUGUCUCCAGUUGGAAGCUAGUGCCGACAAUCGUUUGGUACAUCCACCACAACCUCACGUUCCACGUGUCUCCUCACACUGACAUCUGCAGGCCCGCUGAGGCACAGCCACUUGAUGUGGUGAUGACUCUCCUGCGCUGUGCCCCAGAGUGUGACAGAGCUGCUGCAAUGAUGUGGAGAAGCAUCGGCUCCUCGGGAACAACAGUGGAUAAGGUGCUGCCAGUACUGCUCCAAGUGAUGGAGGAUUGGCCAGUGCAUGGAAUGUCCACCUCCGAUGGUGACAGCAGAGAUGUGUUUACCCUGGCUGCAACCCUGGCACUGUGGUUGAUCGUCCAGGAGCCCAAGUGCCAGGAUGCAGUCAUGAAUUACCUCCCCCGCCUGCUCGUGGCUCUGCUGUUCCAAGUGUCCAUGCGCACAGAGCAGGUGCCAGAAGAGGUGAACACCUUCUGGAGGGGAUGUCUGGAGCAACAUCACCUUCCCACCCAGCCCAACAGGUGCUCCAUCCCAGUCCUCUCUCCCUGUCGUGCCCUGGGGGCUGGGGCCAGCACUCCCAGCAUGACCUGA